AGGCUAUUCAAGACUCUAGUUGGGGACACAUGACACAUUCUGAAAGCACCUUGAAAACUUUACGGUAGAGGGGAACGACCCAGGUCGUGCCACCUGUCAUUCAUAGGCUAGGUGACAGUGGGCAAGGUCACCGAUCCCCCUCCCCCACCCUGGUGUCCCAGGGUGCUCUCUUGGACGAUGGCAGUAACCGUGUCUCCCAUGCUCACAAGGAUCAGAGAUGGCUGUGUAAGGAGCCAGAGUCUCUUCAGGAGGAGGGUUCCCAGCCUACCUUGCCAUGUCCCGCCGAAGCCAGCGCCUCUCGCGCUACUCCCAGGGUGAUGAUGACGGCGGCAGCAGCAGUGGAGGAAGUUCGGUGAUGGGAAGCCAGAGCACCCUGUUUAAAGACAGUCCUCUCAGGACCCUGAAGAGGAAAUCCAGCAACAUGAAGCGCCUGUCCCCAGCGCCCCAGCUGGGCCCCUCCUCUGACGACCACACCUCCUACUACAGUGAGUCGGUGGUCAGGGAGUCCUACUUCGGCAGCCCCCGGGCCACCUCCCUGGCCAGGAGCUCCAUCCUCGACGACCACCUGCACAGUGAGCCCUACUGGGGUGAGGACCUGCGGGUGCGCAGGAGGAGAGGUACAGAGAGCAGCAAACUUAAUGGGCUUGCUGAGAACAGGAGCUCCGAGGACUUCCUGGGGUCCUCCUCCGGCUACUCUUCCGAGGAUGACUUUGCAGGCUACUCGGAGACCGGCCACCAUAGUUCGGGUUCACGGUUAAGGAACACAGUCUCCUGGGCAGCCUCUUGUCUCUGGACGCUUGUCACUUCUCCAGGCCGGCUCUUUGCCCUCCUCUACUGGUGGGUUGGCACGACCUGGUACCGCCUGACCACAGCUGCCUCCCUUCUUGAUGUCUUCGUUUUGACCAGGCGCUUCUCAUCUGCGAAGACAUUCCUGUGGUUCCUCUUGCUGCUGCUGCUCAUGACUGGCCUGACCUACGGUGCUUGGUAUUUCUACCCCUACGGGCUGCAGACCUUCCACCCUGCUCUGGUUUCCUGGUGGGCAGCGAAGAGCAGCGGCAGGCAGCAGGACGUGUGGGAGCCCAGAGACUCCUCCCACUUCCAGGCUGAGCAGCGCAUCUUGUCCCGGGUCCACUCUCUGGAGCGGCGCUUGGAAGCUCUGGCCGCAGAAUUUUCCUCCAACUGGCAGAAGGAGGCCGUGCGGCUGGAGCGGCUGGAGCUGCGGCAGGGAGCCGCCGGCGGCGGGGGGCACGUGGGCCUGAGCCAGGAGGACACGCUGGCGCUUCUGGAGGGGCUGGUGAGCCGCCGUGAGGCUGCCCUGAAGGAGGACUUCCGCAGGGACACCGCUGCUCGGAUCCAGGAGGAACUGGUCACCCUGAGAGCAGAGCAUCACCAAGACUCCGAAGACCUUUUUAAGAAAAUUGUCCAGGCCUCCCAGGAGUCUGAGGCUCAACUCCAGCAGCUGAAGUCUGAGUGGCAAAGGAUGACCCAAGAGGCCUUCCAAGAGAACUCCGUGAAGGAGCUGGGGCGGCUGGAGGGCCAGCUGGCAGCCCUGCGGCAGGAGCUGGCGGCCCUGAGCCUGAAGCAGAGCUCGGUGGCAGACCAAGUGGGCCUCCUGCCCCAGCAGCUGCAGGCCGUGAGGGAUGACGUGGAGUCUCAGUUCCCUGCCUGGGUCAGUCAGUUCCUUCUCCGAGGUGGGGGAACCCGUGCGGGGCUCCUGCAGCGAGAGGAGAUGCAAGCUCAGCUGCAGGAGCUGGAGACAAAGAUCCUCGCCCACGUGGCCGAGAUGCAGGGCAAGUCCGCGAGGGAGGCCGCCGCCAGCCUGGGGCUGACGCUGCAGAAGGAAGGCGUGAUCGGGGUGACGGAGGAGCAGGUGCAGCGCAUCGUAAACCAGGCCCUGAAGCGCUACAGCGAGGACCGCAUCGGGAUGGUGGACUACGCUCUGGAAUCGGGAGGGGCGAGUGUCAUCAGCACCCGGUGUUCUGAGACCUACGAGACCAAGACGGCCCUCCUCAGCCUCUUCGGCAUCCCCCUGUGGUACCACUCCCAGUCCCCCCGAGUCAUUCUCCAGCCAGACGUGCACCCAGGCAACUGCUGGGCCUUCCAGGGGCCCCAGGGCUUUGCCGUGGUUCGCCUCUCUGCCCGCAUCCGCCCCACUGCUGUCACCUUAGAGCAUGUCCCCAAGUCGUUGUCGCCCAACAGCACCAUCUCCAGUGCCCCCAAGGACUUCUCCAUCUUUGGGUUUGAUGAAGACCUACAGCACAAGGGGACACUUCUUGGCCAGUUCACCUAUGACCAGGAUGGGGAGCCCAUUCAGACCUUCUACUUUCAGGACCCUAAAAUGGCGACAUACCAGGUGGUGGAGCUUCGGAUCUUGACUAACUGGGGCCACCCUGAGUACACCUGCAUCUACCGCUUCCGGGUGCAUGGGGAACCCGCCCACUAAGCCUUCUCUGUGCUGCGGCCAGCCAGCUGGGAGGCCAGCCCCUCUCAGCGUGUGCCCCUUUCUCUGGGAGUGGGAGAGCAGCACCCCUGCCACUUCCCCACACGCUUGACCAGCACACAGACUUCCAGGAGCAGGAACCCCUGGCCUGAUGGAGCUGAGAAGAUGGAGGGCUGUCCUAGCAGUGGGACAGCUCGAGGUGGACAGCAAGCUCCAGCAUCCCUUUUCUUUGUCUUCUUUGUGCCAGGCACUGGGUGUCUACUUCCCUCUCUUGGAAGGGUGUAUAUAUGUAGCAUAUUGUGGGGGAUUGAGAGACAGGGAGAGAGGCAAUGAGUGGACAAGUUCCAGCAAAGGUGGGUGAAACCUGUCUGCCCUUUAACCAGGAUGGGGGCUGGCACGGAGGGAGCUGCUAUUAGUAGGCGCGUGCAUGAAGCAGGUGCCAAAGCCAUGGGUGGGCUGUAAGUGAGGGCCUGGGGCAAGUGAGCUGCCCCCAGCGGCGGGCGGGGAAGUGAGGGCCUCC